AUGAAGGGGAUGUUUAGUUUCAUGAGGACACCACUAACCCGGUUAUAUGUCGUGUCUGAGAGAAGCGGUGUCUCGUCCGUACCAUUCCCUCCUGAGAGACGAUGUGCCCCAUCUGUACAAUUCCCUCCUGAGAGACGAUGUGCCCCAUCUGUACAAUUCCCUCUUGAGAGACGAUGUGCCCCAUCUGUACCAUUCCCUCCAGAGAGACGAUGUGCCCCAUCUGUACCAUUCCCUCCAGAGGGACGAUGUGUCCCAUCUGUACCAUUCCCUCCAGAGAGACGAUGUGUCCCAUCUGUACCAUUCCCUCCUGAGAGACGAUGUGCCCCAUCUGUACCAUUCCCUCUUGAGCGACGAUGUGCCCCAUCUGUACCAUUCACUCCUGAGAGACGAUGUGCCCCAUCUGUACCAUUCCCUCCUGAGAGACGAUGUGUCCCAUCUGUACCAUUCCCUCCUGAGAGACGAUGUGCCCCAUCUGUACCAUUCCCUCCUGAGAGACGAUGUGUCCCAUCUGUACCAUUCCCUCCUGAGAGACGAUGUGCCCCAUCUGUACCAUUCACUCCUGAGAGACGAUGUGUCCCAUCUGUACCAUUCCCUCCUGAGAGACGAUGUGUCCCAUCUGUACCAUUCACUCCUGAGAGACGAUGUGCCCCAUCUGUACAAUUCCCUCCUGAGAGACGAUGUGCCCCAUCUGUACCAUUCCCUCUUGAGCGACGAUGUGUCCCAUCUGUACCAUUCCCUCCUGAGAGACGAUGUGCCCCAUCUGUACAAUUCCGUCCUGAGAGACGAUGUGUCCCAUCUGUACCAUUCCCUCCUGAGAGACGAUGUGUCCCAUCUGUACCAUUCCCUCCUGAGAGACGAUGUGCCCCAUCUGUACCAUUCCGUCCUGAGAGACGAUGUGCCCCAUCUGUACCAUUCCGUCCUGAGAGACGAUGUGCCCCAUCUGUACCAUUCCCUCCUGAGAGACGAUGUGUCCCAUCUGUACCAUUCCCUCUUGAGCGACGAUGUGCCCCAUCUGUACCAUUCCUCCUGAGAGACGAUGUGUCCCAUCUGUAUCAUUCCCUCCUGAGAGACGAUGUGCCCCAUCUGUACCAUUCCCUCCUGAGAGACGAUGUGUCCCAUCUGUACCAUUCCCUCCUGAGAGACGAUGUGCCCCAUCUGUACCAUUCCGUCCUGAGAGACGAUGUGUCCCAUCUGUACCAUUCCCUCCUGAGAGACGAUGUGUCCCAUCUGUACCAUUCCCUCCUGAGAGACGAUGUGUCCCAUCUGUACCAUUCCCUCCAGAGAGACGAUGUGCCCCAUCUGUACCAUUCACUCCUGAGAGACGAUGUGUCCCAUCUGUACCAUUCCCUCCUGAGAGACGAUGUGUCCCAUCUGUACCAUUCCCUCCUGAGAGACGAUGUGCCCCAUCUGUACCAUUCACUCCUGAGAGACGAUGUGUCCCAUCUGUACCAUUCCCUCCUGAGAGACGAUGUGCCCCAUCUGUACCAUUCCCUCUUGAGCGACGAUGUGCCCCAUCUGUAUCAUUCCCUCCUGAGAGACGAUGUGCCCCAUCUGUACCAUUCCCUCCUGAAAGACGAUGUGCCCCAUCUGUACCAUUCCCUCCUGAGGGGAAAGGUGUUUUCACUGUCCCUUUCUCGUGUGAGCGUCCUGGAAGUGUUGGGUCAACUUUCCGGUCGGCUGGAGACAGAGAUGUUCCAACCCCGUUCUUCUCGGAGCAGUUUGAUAGAUGAGCCUCAUCCGUGA